AUGGCGUGCAGGAGAGCCACGCAGCUCGCGAUGAGGCGCGCGUUGGUGCUGGGUCGGUCCGAGGCGACGUCCAACGCGGCGCGCGGCCUCGCGACUCGCGCCGAGACGCGCGCGCGAUCGACCGCGAUGGCUUCGUCCGGCGAUUGGGCCGGAUCGUUAGGGCGCGGAAGGACGGAGGCGCCCGCCGCGGGCUCGGUGUACGCGCGCGGCGCGCUCAGGCGCGGUUUCGCCGCGGACGCCGAGGCUUCCGAGGAUAAGAAGGACGACGCCCGCGAGCCUUCCCCCCGCAUGGUCCGCCUCGCCGACGACAUCUGCGGGCUGACCCUGCUCGAGGUGCACGACCUCACGGAGAUCCUCAAGAAGCGCCUCGGCCUCGCCGCGAUGCCGAUGAUGGGCAUGCCGAUGGGAGGCGUCCCGAUGGGCGGCGCGGCCGCCGCGGGCGGUGCCGCGGCCGCCGCGCCCGAGGAGGCCGCCGCCGAGAAGACCGAGUUCGACGUCAAGCUCGCGUCCUUCGACGCCGCGAGCAAGAUCAAGGUCAUCAAGGAAGUGAGGGCCAUCACCGAGCUCGGUUUGAAGGAGGCCAAGGACCUGGUGGAGGGCGCGCCCGCCGUGUUGAAGAAGGGGAUCAAGAAGGAGGAGGCGGAGGCGAUCAAGGAAAAACUCGCCAAGGUGGGCGGCGUCGUCACCGUCGAGUAA